AGACUUUCAAUAAAACGACCAACGUCCCCUCCCCAGAAAAAAGCAACAGUAGAAUCUGAAAAUCCAUCACAGACAAACCCGACACCAUGUCCCGCAACGUCGUGAUAACCGCAAUUGGCAGCCACACGGGCGCCCAAAUCGCCAAACUCCUCCUAACGGACGGCCAUUUCAAGCGCAAAAUCUCCAGCGUCACCGGCCUGACGCUGUACCCCGACCUCGACACCGUAAAGGAAAUCGCCGACCUGGGCGCGAAGAUCGUCGAGCAUAAACCCGGUAAUCUCGACGACGUCGCCGCGACGCUCAAGGACACGGGCGCGGAUGCGAUCCUCCUCUUGCCCCCCGGACAUAAGGAUUCGUAUGAUAUGACGUUGGAACUGAUUGAAGCGACGAAGAAGGCGAAUAUUCCGAAUGUCUGCUUUGUUUCCUGUGCCGGGUGUGAUCUGGCCGAGCGCGAUAGGCAGCCCCUCCUCCGGUCGGUGAUUGACCUUGAGGUCAAGGUGCUGGGGGCCAAAGGGGAUCCGAAUACCGCGACGGGGCAUUCGCCUGUUGUUAUUCGACGAGGCUUCCACGCGGAGAAUCUCCUCUUAUACACCAAGCAGGCGCAGGAGGAGGGGAUUCUGCCGAUUCCCAUUGGGAAGGAUCACAAGUUUGCGCCGAUCUCCAUGGGUGACGUCGCACAAGUCGUCGCGCACGUAUUGAGCGGCCACGGAAAGCACGGGUUCGACGACAAGCAUCGUGGACAGCUUAUGCUUCUGACCGGCCCAAUGCUCGCGACCGGCGACGAACUCGCGACAGCAGCUAGCAAGGGACUCGGCGAGGAGCUGAAAUUCAAGGAUGUCUCCGAAGACGAAGCACGCAACCUCCUCAAAGGCGAAGCCGGGCGCUCCGAGGGCGAAAUCGCCUAUCUCCUCGAGUACUUUUCGCUCGUGCGCGAGGGCAAAACAAACUACAUUUCGACGACGACGUUCCACGACGUUACGGGGAAGCACCCGCAGCAGCCGGAGGACUUCUUCAAGGCGUAUGCGGAGGAGUAUUUUCCGAAGCGGAGUAACAAGAGGAGGAAGGUGGAGAAGAAGUGAUUUAUUUACUGGACAAUCGGAUAUAUGUGAGAGAGUGAAGCAAAAUACUAUUGGCGGAUUUGCUUUGCCUUGCAAGGAAUUCGAGCUAUGCUCGCCGAAUGUAAUCAGGAGCUGACUUGGUCAAUUCUCCGUACUUCAUCUCAGUGUACAGCCCCCAGCCAUCUUAGUCUGUGUAAGGAUAGGUU